UGUGCAGUAUCCGGUAGCGUAGCACCGAGCAAUAAAGAUGGGGAGGAGAUGCCUGAUUCCGUCGUCACAAACGGCGGCGUUGGUUGCCAGAAGCUUUCCAUUUCCGCCUCUAAAAUCUCAAAAUAAUAUAAUUAACUUCAAAAAGUAUCCUAAACAUAUCAAUUCUCUGUAUCUCCACUGCCCAACUCGCAUGUUUUGCUGCAAAUCAUGUCUUAUUCAACACCAAACCGACCUGAAAAACUACAAGGAAGCUUUCUCCAAGCAGAUGAGCAUGGCCGGUCUCAAACCCCACCACCGCAUUGCAAUAGGAGUUUCCGGUGGACCUGACAGCAUGGCGCUCUGUGUACUAACUGCUGCUUGGAAAACUAACGGAGUUGCCAAUAGUAACGGUGGUUUUGUUGAUGGACUCUUAGCUAUAAUUGUUGACCAUGGCUUACGUGCUGAGAGUAAAGAGGAGGCUCUCACUGUUUCCGGUCGUCUUUCAAAAAUGGGAAUUAGAUGUGAGAUUGACUCUUGUGAUUGGUUACUUGGGAAGCCUAAACAGGGUCAUCUGCAGGAAGAGGCAAGAGAUAUGAGGUACCAAAAAUUUCAGAAUAUUUGCCUUCAGCACCAAAUUAGCGUGUUACUAAUUGCUCAUCACGCAGAUGACCAGGCUGAGCUAUUCAUUCUCAGACUAUCUCGCAAUAGCGGUGUGCUUGGACUUGCUGGCAUGGCGUUUGUUUCUGAAAUCUUCUCCUCCACCCUACCAUUGUACGACGAGGGAAUAAAGAACAAAGGCAUACUUCUAGUGAGACCACUCCUUAAUUUUUCUAAAGAAGACCUGUAUAAGGUAUGUCAAAUGGCUGGACAGGACUGGGUAGAAGAUCUAACAAAUCGAAGCCAAUUAUAUGUUCGCAAUAGAAUUCGAAUGUCAUUAGGAAAUCUGUCAUCAUAUACAUUCAAGUCUGAAUUGCAGGCUAUGAUAUCUGCUUGUCGAAACACACGUUCUGUUGUUGAUCAAAUUUGUUCUAAUUUGAUAAAUCAGGCUGUUACAAUCAUGCAUCAACAGGGAUAUGCAAUCAUUGAUUUAGAGAUUCUUGAUCCAUCAAAAGUUAUUGCCAUAUGCCUAGCAAAGUUUAUUGCUUUGGUCUUGCAGUUCAUCUCUCAGAGGCACAAGCCAGUUAGAGGUAAUGCUUCAAGAUUGUUGUUAGACUACAUCCGUACUUUCCCAUGCAAGACCUCCGUUACAGCAGCUGGAUGUUACCUAUGUCCAGUUCCUCAGUCUAAGGGAACCAAAAUCCUAGUUUGCUGCUCUGUUGGUUGUCCAUUGCCUUCCAGAAUGGAAUUGACUAGCAUGCAUUCUGAUGAAGAACUUAAGCAAUAUAUCCCAAGUGAGUUGGAUCAAAUUAUAGCUGAUGGAAAAUCAUAUUCGGAUCACUUAGUUCCAGAUGCAUCAAAUGUGCAUUUCUUAGACUCUACAUCUGAAUCAAUCCUAACUGAAGCCAAGAGGUAUAAUAUUAUCGGCGAGUCAACCUAUAGGGAAAUUCUUCUGUUGGAGAUGGACGAAAUCAAGCAUUUCAAGGGCAAAAAUGAAGAUAGCGUUAACCGUAAUUCAAAUAAUGAAGUUGAAUACUGUAAUUCAAGUAAUGAAGUUGAAUAUAUCACUGCAUCUUCAAAAGAACAAUUCAGACCGGGACAAAUUUGCUAUUUCAUGAACAGAUUCUUUAUCACAUGGAAACCAAGCAAGUACAGAGCUGUCAAUGAUGUUUCUGAGAAAGCAGAUUGUGGUUACGAUUUGGGAGACCAAAGUUGGUAUCAUUGUUCUGAAUCUUGUACAAUUGAUCCUGACAUGUUUGCUGAGGUGAGACACAUGAAUGACUGUGAUUGGCUGUAUCUCGCAAAGCUGUCAAAAUGUGCUAGUUUGGAUGAAUUGCAGCAGCAAAGAUUAUUUACAUCCAGUGGAAUGAGGACGAAAAUGAAGGAGAGAAAGCUAGAUUAUUUGAGAUUUGCAGCAGAAAGAAGUCUCAGUGUGCUGAAAUCUAUUCCAGCUGCUGCUAGAAGAAGUCUACCUGUCCUAGUCAAUCAUCAAGGACAGUUGCUAAGCAUUCCAAGCAUUGGCUUCAAGUGCUGCCCUUGUUUGAUGGUGUCUUGCGUAUUCAAGCCAAGAGUGCCACUUGGGGGAGGCUAUAGUUUAUUCAUGUAGUAAGUAGUCUGUAAUUUCAGUUCAGUAGAUAAUAUUUUGAUACAACUCUUCAUAGAUUUUGUAGUUCUAAACUCAUACUCAAAGUGUAAAUUCUUACAUGAUAGACCGAUUCUGACAA